GUUUGUGUGUUCACACACAGUCAGGAAGAGACGCGCAGAGAACCAGACACUCAAAUCGCGCCAGCAGCAGAAAUGAAUGGAGCCUGACCGACAGGCGGCUGGAUAUCGACGAUAAACGUGUCUAAGUGCGAGCGGCUGACCGUCGGGGUUUUUCUGUUUGAAUGUUUCGUCAGUAUCUCAAGGGAGAUCAAGACUGCUCAGAGAUGCCCCAGAAAGCAGUCUCGUCCAGACAGUAACAGACAGACACACCUGAGCAGACAGGUGGCAGCCCCACCCUGAACACAACGCUGGGCUGGACUCCAAAUCAUACGUUCGCAGGAUUUGAGUUGGAAGUGUCUUCCGUCCUCACUCCUGUCCAGUCUGACAGGUGGUGGUGUUGGUCAGACAGCGGGCAGUGCCAUGUCCCAGGCGUAAGUGCGUGUCUCCUGGCAGACUCAGGCGUGGUGGGCCCGCGGUGGGCGUCUGGCUGUGGGAGGUGAUGAAGCUGAAGCAGCGUGUGGUGGUGCUGUGCGCUGUGCUCUUUCUCCUCGGCCUGGCCAAGGUCUUCCUGCUGGAUGGAGGGGAGGGAUCGGCCGCCAGCCGGCGUGAUCUCCGGGCUUUCCGCAAGAUGGAAGCCAGCCUGGCCCUGUCCAAAGGAGCUCGCCUCACACACACCUUGCAGUCGCCCUGGGAAGUGGCCGCCCAGUGGGUGGGUCCGCGGGAGGUGUACCCGGACGAAACACCCGAGCUAGCCGCCGUGCUGAACGCCUUGGCCACGGCUCACGUGGAAAGGGCGGAUGUGGGCUAUAAAGGCACCCAGCUGAAGGCUCUGCUGGUGCUCGACGGAGGACAGAAAGUGGUUUUCAAACCCAAGAGGUACACUAGAGAUUAUGUGGUCGAGGGAGAGCCCUAUGCAGGGUACGAUCGGCAUAAUGCAGAAAUCGCUGCUUUCCACUUGGACAGGAUCCUGGGCUUUAGGAGAGCACCCCUGGUGGUGGGGAGGUUUAUGAAUCUGCGAACAGAGAUAAAGCCAGUAGCUACAGAUCAACUGCUGAGCACUUUCCUGAUGCACGGAAAUAAUACAUGUUUCUAUGGGAAGUGUUAUUACUGUCGUGAGACUGAGCCUGCGUGUGCAGAAGGGGAUGUAAUGGAGGGAUCGGUUACCCUGUGGCUCCCUGAUGUCUGGCCCUUACAGAAACACAGACACCCGUGGGGGCGGACAUAUCGAGAGGGUAAACUCGCCAGGUGGGAGUAUGAUGAGAGCUACUGCGAGGCCGUGAAGAAAAUGCCCCCUUAUGAUGCCGGUCCAAGGCUCCUGGAUGUUAUCGACACAGCCAUUUUUGAUUACCUUAUCGGCAAUGCUGACCGCCAUCACUAUGAGAGUUUCCAAGAUGAUGGAGGAGCCAGUAUGCUCAUCCUUCUGGACAACGCCAAAAGUUUUGGGAAUCCCGCUCUGGAUGAGAGGAGUAUUCUCGCCCCUCUUUAUCAGUGCUGCAUGGUCCGCGUCUCCACCUGGAAUAGGCUGAACCUGCUGAAAGGUGGAGUGUUGAGUUCAGCUAUGCGACAGGCCACGGCCCACGAUCCCGCCUUUCCAGUGCUGACGGAGCCGCAUCUCGCCGCGCUCGACCGCCGUCUCAACGGAGUGUUGGCCACCGUGCGGCAAUGCAUGGAGACGCAGGGCGCGGACAACACACUGAUCGAGGACCGCAUGAACCUGCCUCAUCCUUAAACACACUGGAGAAACAAGGGAAGUGAUAAUGUGUUUGACUCUUGAUGCACAGGCUCCUUUUGCCUUCCUGCUACGGAGCCGGAGACCCGAAGGCCAUAAGAAGUCUUAGGAGCCGACUUGGAGGAGUUUGAUUCACUGGAUUCAUUCAAGACAGACCACAGAUGCCAAGACACCGUUUUCUCUUGCUCUCUGGAAGAAGUGAAGAGGCCUUGACACCAUGUAGGUGGAAUAUACUACACCUGUUUCCUGUAACUGUUCCUUUUUUUUUUUUUUUUUUUUUUCUUUUUUUAAUUGUGGCCAUCCAAGACCAUUUGCAAGAGGAUGGAUUAACGAUUUUUCAGUCGGUCUUUCACAGAUAUGGAACUUGGAAUGAGAUAUUUGGCCUAAUUAGACUCCGGAAGCUGGAAAGUGACCAUGAUAGAUCCAGAAGACUAUUAACAGACUUUUUGAUGAUCUCUUUACCCAGAUUGUAAAUACAGAAUAAGCUUUUGAAUAAUGCGGAGUAAUAAUAUUAUUGAUCUAAAGUUAAAUCAAGUUAUGAUAGAUUCAGGAUGAAUACAGUGUUGUACAGAGCUGGGCGGCUGUUGCUACUGAUGUUCAGAAAAGAUGAUGAAGAGAACAGCAUUGUGAUAUUGCUGUGAGACAUUUUCAACAUUAAAAAUUAAUAUUUAAACUUA